AUGGGCUUCCAAAUUCUACUAGGCGUGCUGCUCCUUUUUGUCGCCUCAAAGGAAGGCCUGUCCCACAAGAAGGAUCUCUGUCCCGUCGUCACGAACAACUGUUCCCUUUGCAAGGGCAACACCACACACAUGUGUGUCUGCGAUUUCACCUGCUCGGGUUGGGACAAGCCCUGCAACUGGGUGGUCAGUUGCCAGGCACAAAUCCAGGACAUCAACGACAUUCGCAGAAACAAGAACAAGCUGAUCAUUUUCAUUCUUCCCAACCGGAGCUAUAAGCAGUGCCUGGAAAUUAAUGUUAACACUCAUAAGCACAGGAAUUGCUGUAACUUGUUCUGCAAAAACGGCACAAGGGAUGUGUGCUUCUAA